AUGUUUAAUAAAGAGGUAGCAGGAGGAGAAGAAGUCGAACAAAAACAACAGAGAUUACAAUUAGAAUUAGUACCACCACCACCAACAUCGAGAUAUCAGCAAAGGCAUAGAAUAGCACCAUUAAGGGCCAUCAUGGCCACAUAUCCAACCAAUGCACCACCAUUAUCAUCAUCAUCAUCGUCAAUAGAAUCACCAUCACAUUCAGCAGUGAAAACCACAACUCGUAAUAAUACCAAAAAUAGUUUUAGAGGCCACAUGAAAUACUCACAAACAAUCCAAAGUAGUCCUAAUGCAAUAUCCCAUGGAGGCAUCAGUAGCAGUAGUGGUAGUCCAGGUAGCAGUAGUAGUAUUAGUACAAAUAGCAUUAAUAAAAAUGAGCUUUUCAAUCGUAAUCAUGAUAAGCUUAAAUUCAAUCAUGAUAAAAAGCAGCAGCAACAACAACAGCAGCGACAACAAUUUCACACAAAUGAACAACAAAAACGUAUUAACAACAGCAACAAAAAAGAAUCGGAUCAUCAUUCCCGGCCCAUUCAAAGGCAACGUCAACCCGGCAAGUCGCAACAUCAGCCCCAACAAUUCGGCAAUGGUAGUUCCAAUAAGAAAUCCUCAAAUGCCAACACAAUCAACAACAACGAAGAAUUGAAAGACUACAAGAGCAAAAUCAAAAACAAAUACAACAUCGAUUACGAUCAUUCGCUAGAUGAGGAAUACGAAAUUAUUGAGGCCGUUGAAUGA